AUGGUUCGCCAAAAGACCCGUGAUGCCUUUAUGGCAAAGACAUCCGUCAACGCCAAGCUAUCCGCACAAGACAAGUCUAGCUCGAUGACCCUCGAGCCCUUGUACAUAGGUAUCGCUGUCGCCGAUGGACUUGGUAGCUCAAUUGACAUUGCGUUUGUUAUCCACGACGGCACCUAUUCAAUAGACUUUGCAACCAUCUCCAUAGGUGCGGAAUCAAAUAGCAGCUCUGAGCCUUCAGCCGCAACUUCCGCGGCCAACUCUGGAGAUACAACCCCUGCAACGGUUGAGGGGCGUGCCGAUUACUUUGUCGAGGAAAUCAUCAGCAAGAUCAAGCACUACCGUGAUGAGCAUUUCUACAAGUUUGUUGGUGCUGGUCUAACUACAAAGGCUGGCAAGACAUGUCCUUGGCUACCAACCCGCUUGUGGCUCGAGUUGGAUAUUGUGCCAUUGGUGCUGGAGCCUAGUUCUGGCAAGCAAAACACCGGUACUCCUGAUGCACCCAAGUACAUGAUAGUAGAUGAAGAAGCAGAUGCAGUGGUAAGGAAAGCUCUAGGGUACUUCGGCAGGGCUAACCAACCUCGCUUGGAGGUAGUCUACCGCAAUGAGGUUGGUGUGGACAGCGAUGGCGCAACUGUAAUUGCAGACGAGCCAAGCUAUCGAGAUAGUGUCCAUCCCAACACUUACGCGGCGGCCAUGGUCUACGCUGAUUCGCUCAAGAAACACGGCACGAAGAUUGCCUUCUUCAACAGCACCCCUCAGGGCGGCGGUGUCGCCCUGAUGAGGCAUGCGCUGAUCCGCUUUCUGCGAAUUAUCGAUGUUGAUUGCAAGUGGUACAUUCCAAAGCCUAAGCCCGCUGUCUUCCGUAUCACCAAGAACAACCACAACAUACUUCAGGGUGUGGAUGAAACCGGGCUUCGACUCGAACAAAAGUCAAUCGACAUCCUCGAUGAGUGGGCCAGGCAGAAUGCCGAACGCUACUGGAUCGCGAAGGGUAGUCCCCUUGCUCCUCGAGCGGAAGACGGUGCUGAUAUCAUCAUUGUGGAUGAUCCCCAGAUGCCCUCCCUUGUCAAGAUUGCCAAAGAGCUAGACCCCUCCCGUCCUGUCCUCUUCAGAAGUCACAUCCAAGUACGCGCCGAUCUGCCAGAUCAGGAAGGUACGCCCACCGCUGAAGUUUGGAACUGGGUAUGGAACAACGUGAAGCAGUGUGAUGCUUUCAUCAGUCACCCUAUUCGCGAAUUUGUGCCCAAGAAUGUAACUGCAGAGAAGGUCGGUUAUCUUCCUGCCACGACAGACUGGCUAGAUGGUCUGAACAAGCAGCUGCACAGUUGGGACGCACAAUACUACAUGCACGAGUUUGAGAUGGCCUGCCUCGACAAGGGUGCCAAUCGCCUGGCAUUCCCAGCACGCCCAUAUAUCACACAGAUCGCUCGUUUCGAUCCAGCCAAGGGUAUCCCGGACGUUCUUGCUUCGUACGCGAUUCUUCGGCGAGAAUACAUGAAGGACAAGCCCAUCGAGGAGGUCCCACAACUUGUUAUUGCCGGCCACGGCGCCAUCGACGAUCCCGAUGCAACCAUCAUCUUCGAUAAGACAGAAAAGGAGCUCAAUGACCUCUACGCCGACAUCAAACACGACGUAAUCGUCAUGCGCAUUGGCCCCGUGGACCAGCUCCUUAACGUACUCAUGGCCAACGCCCACGUCGCCCUCCAGCUCUCGACGCGCGAAGGCUUCGAAGUCAAAGUCUCCGAGGCCCUGCACCACGGUGUCCCCGUCAUAGCAACGCGCCGCGGAGGCAUCCCACUUCAGAUCGAGCACGGCAAAUCAGGCUUCCUCGUAGACGUAGGCGAGCAUGACGCGGUGGCCAACUACCUCGACCACCUCUUCAUCGAUAACGUAUCCUACAUGACCAUGGCCAACUACGCAGCCAACCACGUCAGUGAUGAGGUCAGUACCGUCGGUAACGCGCUCAGCUGGCUGUACUUGGCUGAUGAGCUGGCUAACGGCUCGAGGAAGAUCGAGCCGAACAGUCGCUGGAUCAAUGACAUCGCGCGCGAGAAGGCCGGGUAUCCGUACCGGUCUAAAGACAAGGAGAUGACGCUCAAGCGCGAGAGCGCCAUGCUUGAUCUGGCGCAUCAGCCGGGCCGCAGCAGGCAGAACAGUGUGGUGCAGUGA